UUUGACAUAAGACAUCGCGAUUUGCCUGCACACGUCUUGUAAAUUGUGCGUUUUUGUCAACAUUUUUUCAGUUUUAUAUCAAUUAUUUAAUUUUUUUAUGAAAAAUGGACCAUGAAAGUAGACAACUCGCUCAGGAUUUGUUCCUGCGGGAACCUGUGGAUGCUCGAAUACGGAAGGCUAAAAUUGAGCCGGAGGAGGAUCCUCAUCCUAACCUCAAAGUGGAAAUGCAGACAAUCCGUUUAAAUUCAGAUUCACAGAAGCUUGUGUUGGACACAUUGAGAUUUAUCCAUGGGCCUGAUUUUAAACUUGGAAGUGCCAGCCUUUAUAAAGACAAAGGUUCAAAUUUGGGUAACCGUUACUGGAUGGAGAGAGGAAACCUGAUAGUUCAAGGAGGGUGUGAUUACUCGUUAACUGUAAAGCCUGAUAUACAGACUUCAGAAGCGAGGCUCCGGGCAUUUGCACUUGCUAAAUUGGAGAGGUACAAUUUCCACAAAGCACACUGCGCAGAAGCUCUAGAAGUAGCAGCAGAAAAUAUAGAAAAAGCAUUAGAAAUAUUAUUCCUAAAGUAUUUUAAAAUUGAUUUCCAAGAUAAACCGGAGAACGUACCCACUCCUGCAGAGUUGUUAGAAAUGAAAAACGAUGAAAAAGCCGUGCUUGAAUCUAUAUAUGACACGAGUUUUCAAACAAAAGACCAUAAUGUAUGGAUUGUCAAACUAAACCUCGACUAUCUGACGAAAAUGUACGAAGCGAAAGACGUAGAGGUACCUAAGAAGAAAAAUAUAAAUUACACAAGUGGUGUCAAAGCUAAACAGAAAGAAGUGUGUAAACUAUUUCUCCGAGGUCCUUGUAGAUUUGGUGCGAAAUGUAAGUUCCUACAUGAAUCUAAAGAAGAGAAAUCUUCAGAGCCUAUAGAAUCUAAAGAGAACACCAAAAUUACUUACGAAUUAGAAAUAAGGUUUCCCGAAGACACUGUAUACCCGUACCAACCACCAUUAAUAUUUUUCAAAACGGAAAACAAGACUAAUGUUAUACCAGAGCUUACUUUCUUAAAAGUAACUUUAAGACUUUUGGAUGAAGCCAAGAAUCUAGCACAAGAUGGUAUACCAAGUAUAUACUCAUUGGUGGAACUCCUUAAUAAUGAGGAGGAUAUUAUGAAUUUUAUACAAUUUGAUACUAGAACUUUUCCGGACACAUCGGACGCCUUAUUCCCUCAACUCAUAGAAAAUAAUAGUUUAAGUAAAAAGAAGUUACCAUUGCAUUAUAAAAAAGGUGAGAGUAGAGAUAAUAGAUCUAAUGUUAAUAUGGAGGAGAUUUACAAAGAGAACAGGGAGAUAGCUAAGAGAUGGAUGGAAAAAGAAGAUAAUGACAAGUAUAAGAGAAUGAUGUCUGGCAGAAGGAAACUACCAGCUUGGCAGAAGAGAAAUGAAAUUUUGAACACUGUUAAGAAAUCACAGGUCGUAGUAAUUAGCGGUGAGACCGGUUGCGGUAAAAGUACACAAGUACCACAGUUCAUUUUGGACAAUUGGUUGGAGAAUUUCAAAGAUGGCGCCGAUCACGUUGAGAUUGUGUGCACGCAGCCCAGGAGGAUAUCAGCCAUUGGUGUAGCUGAUAGGGUGGCUGAGGAAAGGGUCGAGAAGACUGGACAGGUUGUUGGUUAUCAGAUAAGAUUAGAAAGCAAAGUAUCAUCGAAAACCCGUCUAACGUUCUGCACUACCGGUAUUUUAUUACGGAGGUUAGAGUACGAUCCUCAGUUGAAAUCAGUCACUCACAUACUGGUAGAUGAAGUACACGAGAGGUCUGAGGAGAGCGACUUCCUCCUUCUGAUACUGAGGGACUUGGUCAAAGUAAGGAAGGAUCUAAGGGUCAUACUUAUGAGUGCGACGUUGAAUGCAGAUUUGUUUUCCGACUACUUCGACAAGGUUCCAGUUCUUGAGAUACCAGGUCGAACGUACCCGGUAGAACAGUUGUUCUUGGAAGAUAUAAUGGAGAUAACGAAUUACGUGCUAGAAGAAAAUGGUCCUUAUGCUAGAAAAAUUAAGAAAGGUGACAAGAAACAAGAUUUAGAAACUGAAUUAGAAACGUGUGAUGUACGUGCCGAUGCGAACGAGCCACCAAAGAUAUCGAUCCGAGACGAAAACCUCAACAUAGGACAGAUGGUGGCCCGGUACUCCAAGUGUAGUAAGACUACGUGCAAGAAUAUGUACCUUAUGGACACUGAAAAGAUUAACACGGAGCUAGUGGAACACGUGCUGACAUAUAUUGUGAAAGGUGACCACAAGUGGCCGCGAGAGGGCGCUAUACUCGUGUUCCUGCCCGGAAUAGCUGAGAUCAUGUCGCUACAUGACCAACUAUGUGAAAGUCAUACGUUUAGUCCAAAGACAGGCAAAUACAUAAUAGUUCCACUCCACUCUACCCUGUCAAGCGAGGAACAAGCGCAAGUGUUCAAGAAGCCACGCCCCGGUGUGCGCAAGAUUGUACUCUCCACAAACAUCGCUGAGACUUCUGUCACUAUCGAUGACUGUGUGUUUGUCAUCGAUUGUGGAAGGAUGAAGGAGAAAAGAUUCGAUUCUAACCGUAAUAUGGAAUCAUUAGACCUAGUCUGGGUAUCUCGCGCCAACGCCAAGCAACGCAAGGGUCGAGCUGGUCGCGUGAUGCCGGGAGUCUGUGUACAUCUGUUCACGUCACAUCGAUACAACUACCAUAUAUUGGAGCAACCUGUCCCGGAGAUACACAGGGUACCACUAGAACAGCUCAUAUUGAAGAUCAAGAUACUACCGCUGUUCCAAGAUAUGAGUGUUCACGAGGUUUUGGGCAAAACGGUAGAACCGCCAACAAAAACGAAUAUAGAUGGCGCUCUCUCUCGUCUACAAGAUGUUGGGGCGUUGGACAAGGCUUAUGCCCUGACGGCACUGGGCAAGCAUCUAGCAGCAUUGCCCGUAGACGUCAGGAUAGGCAAACUAAUGUUGUUCGGGGCUAUAUUCUGUUGUGUGGACUCUGCACUUACGAUGGCCGCGUUUUUAAGUCAUAAAAGCCCUUUCGUUUCUCCGUUUGGGAAAAAGUCGGAAGCUGACGCGAAACGAAGAGAUUUUGCCUGCUCACAAAGUGAUCAACUCACAACAUUAAGAGCUUAUAGGAAAUGGCAACAAGCAAUGAAAUCGAGUACACACGCGGCGCUAGUGUUCUCCAAUGAGAACUUUUUAUCACACAAGACUUUAAUGAUGCUGGCCGACAUUAAGCACCAGUUGUUAGGGUUGCUCGCAUCUAUAGGGUUCGUGCCCGACAUGCCAGCUUUAAGGAAAAAGAUGAGGAAGGAUUCCGUCGCUAGUUUAACUGGAGAUGAGCUUAACACGAAUGGAAAUAACGACAAACUAUUGGCAGCCAUUUUAUGUGCAGCUUUGUAUCCGAAUGUGGUCAAGGUCUUAACUCCAGAAAAGUCCUUCCACAUGCAAGCAGGCGGGGCUAUUCCCCGUCAACCAACGCCAGACGAGCUAAAGUUCAAGACGAAAUCAGACGGCUAUGUCGCUUUGCACCCAUCAUCAGUCAAUUCCUGUGUCGGGUAUUUCACCAGCCCUUAUUUGGUGUACCAAGAGAAGGUGAAAACAAGCAGGGUUUUUAUAAGAGAGUGUUCCAUGGUUCCACAGUUGCCACUUGUAUUGUUUUCUGGCUGCAGUUUGUCUGUGGAGCUACACAACGGUACAUUUAUAGUAUCCUUGGAAGAUGGUUGGAUCAUGUUCCAAGUGGAAAAACAUGAAGUUGCAGAAAUGCUAAAAACGAUACGAGUAGAAUUAAUAAAUUUAUUAGAAGAGAAAAUCAACGACCCAAGUUUGAACCUGUUACAUUAUGAGAAAGGUAACCGGAUAAUAAAAACUAUAGUGCAAAUUGUAACUAAGGAUUAAUUUUAUGUAUUAUAAUAAUUAACUUAUUAUUCAACUAAGCAGUAAUGAUCUUGGUAGACGUGAGAUCUUUAUGAAGAGAGAAAUAUUAAAUAAACGUCCUUUUAGAAAUACAAAAGACAAUUAAAAGUCGAAAUAUAACGUUAUGCAAUAUUACAUUUUAAGCUUUAACUAAUUAUGUCCGUUUUGCUGUGAGAUCCAAUUUCUGAAUUGAGGGAUGCAUUAAUAAUAUCUGCUCGAAACAAAACGUUACCUAUUCGAUAUUAAAUCUUAUAUUUGUACAUUUUAAGUGCAUAUUUUAAUUAGUUUAAAUGCCUGAAUUGUGGAAGUAUGGGUAAGCGAAAUGAUUGGGCCUCCAGUAAAGUCACUCAUAAACCCAACGCUGUGGUUUUGUUUUCUGUAAGGCCGUCGAUCACUCCGGUCGAGCCGACUCAUUCGUGCCAAGGGUGUUCGUGCUUUCCCACACUUCAAUUACCAUUAUUCACUGCAGUUACCAUUUUUACCAUCAGGCGAUCACUCUGCUUCUACAGGGUCAGAUUGUAGUUGGUGACCGCGUCUGCCAAGAUUAUUGAAACUUAGUACAUACAAUGAAAUAAAUACAGGUGCAAUUAUGUUCUCAUAUUUUUAAUUAUUUAUUAAUACUUAUCACAGGUGCUAAAUUAUUCGUAUGUACUGUUUACUUACAUAAUGAUGAAAUAAUUUUUUUCGACGAUAUUUUUUUUUAUUGUAUUGGUUCAUGAAUUUGUAAUGUUUGUCGAUGGAAUGCUUAAUGGAUAUUAUUAUAUUUAAAAUACAUAUGAAAACAUUGUAAUAAAUUGUAAACGUCUAAAUUAAAGUUAAAGGCAGGAAUUUAUGUAAAUAUGAUAUAAAAUCUUUCGAAACGACAUUAGGGAAUCAAUGAGUUUGCAUUAUUAUAAAUAAUUAUGAAAUUGAAGUUAGAUACUAAAGCGAUCACACUAAUUAAUUGUAAUUUAUAUUAAAUAAGCUAUGUAGACAAAUCUUUUAUACCAAACCACAAUGGUAUUUUUACAGCAAAUUGUAAUUUUAUUAAAGCGCCAUCUAUCCUUUUAGAUGAUAAACUUUAAACACACGCUUAAUGUUAUUAGUGUUGCUAAUACUUACUAGACGGCGCUAGUACAAGUGAGAUUUUACGUAGAUUUUAGUUCGUUUUUAGAUCGUCAUACAGCGCUAAUUUAUUCUAAUAAUAAUAGAAAUAAAUUAUUGACUUAAUAUUUAUAACUGCCACCUAUAUUUACUAAAAAAAUCUUGGCUUCAUAAAUGAAACGUCGUUUGUAAUAGUUUAAAAAAUCCAGUUUCAAACAUUUCCUGUAACAUAAACAUAUUCUCAUAAAUCGUAGUUAAUACUUAUACCUAAGUAGUCAAUUACAAAUAUUGUAGAAAAAUUUACCUCAUUUAAUUUUACAGAGCGUAUUCCGGCCAUAAUGAUAAUGUUUAUUUAUAAAUCCCAUUUGUAACUAAUAAAGUAGUUUUUAAAGCUAUGUAUUAUAUGAUAUUUCCGAUUGUUACACUUGCUUGUAAAAAAUCCGAGUCGAUUCCUUAUUAGAUUAGGGUUGUCACUUUAUGUCCAAGAAUAUUUUUUUCUUGUGAUUAGUGUCAUCUGCCCUUUGCAGCCAGAUAAUACCACAUUUUUGGUAUAUGUUUUUUCUAAUUGCACACAAUUUGUAAUCUAAUACAUAAAUAUGUAUUAAAAUGUAUUUUAUCUGUUUAAAAUUUCAAUGUAUCAAAAUUAAAUCACACUGACAAUAACCAUACAAAAUAUAAUUAGAUAAAUUGUAUGUAUUAUCAGAAUACUUUGUAAAUAAAUUAUUUAUUUGAUGAA